AUGAUCGUCAUGGGCCUGGGCCUGUUAAGACUGGUGGGGAUGGGGAAGGUGUUGUUGCUCCUCAUCAUCAUGAUCACAUCAAAGAUGAGUAACGCUUCUUGGGAUCUUGGUCAGGUUCGCACUCUCUACAGCAUCCAGGGUUAUUUCUUCAGGUUUCUGCAGUAA